AUGACAUCUGAAAAGCCAAAAGAAUUCCAAGAUAAAUUUGGAACUGUAGGAAAAUCUUAUAAAACCUUUAGACCAACUUACACUGAAGAACUUUAUUCAAUUAUUGAUUCUUAUUGUGACUCAAAAAGAGAUCUUGCAAUUGAUUGUGGAUGUGGAUCAGGCCAAGCAACUGUCAAAUUAGCCAAAUACUUUAAAAAAGUCAUUGGAUUUGAACCAUCACAAGGUCAAAUUGAAAAUGCAGUAAAAACAGAAAAUGUAGAUUUUAGAUUAUCUCCAGCUGAAAAAAUUGAUUUACCAAGUGGUUCAGUUGAUUUAAUUACUGUAGCAACUGCAGUUCAUUGGUUUGAUUUACCAGUAUUUUAUCAAGAAGCAAAAAGAUUGCUUAGAGAUAAUGGAUCUUUGAUCCUCUUUACAACUGGUUUCAUCCAAAUUCUUAACAAUGAUGAAGCUCAAAAAAUUAAUGAUAACUUUCGUUCUGGAACUCUUGGAGAUUAUUGGGCACCAAUAGUAAAGUAUGUUAUUGAUGGUUAUGUUGAUAUUAAACCACCAUUUGAAAAUGUUGAAAGAAAAACAAUUUCAUUACCAAAAUUAAUGUCAGUAAAUGAUGUGAUUGGUAUUUAUUCAUCAUGGUCAGGUUAUGCAUCAUUCAUUAAAGCUGGAAACAAUGAUGUUUUACCAGGAGUAAAAGAAAACUUAAUGAGUGCUUUCAAAACAACUGAUCCUAAUGCAGAAAUUGUUGAAACUAAUUUCCCAGUUUACAUGGUUUUAUCUAAAAAAUAA